AUGGAGGAUCAGCGCAGGCCGAGUCGCGCCACGGGAUAUCCAGCCUCAGCCGACACCGAGUGCGGCGGGGCAGUGGCUGCCGCUGGGCCGGCCCAGCGCCGUCUCGGCCUCAGGGAAAAGCCAGCGCGCACCGAGAGAAAUCCGGCCUCUGCCGUCGGCAGAGGCCGCCGGGCCUUCGCCGCCGCUGACGAGAAGUUCGGACGCUCCACGGGACAUUCGGCCCCAGCCGACAUGGAGGGCCGCCGGUCCUUCACUGCCGUCAAACGGGAUAGGUUUAGCUGCAGCCUCGGCCGGAAGCCAGGGGGCUCCGCAGGAUACCCGGCCCCAGCCGACAUGGAGGGCCGCCGGGCCUUGGCCGCCGGCGACGAGAAGUUCGGUCGCCCCGCGGGACAUUCGGCCUCAGCCGACAUGGAGGGCCGCCGCUCCUUCACCGCCGUCGAGCGGGAUAGGUUUGGCUUCAGCCUUGGCCGGAAGGCGGGGGGCUCCGCAGGAUGUCCGGCCCCAGAGGAGAGCCGCCGGCCCGUCGCCCCGAGCCAUCCAGUCCUGGCCGGCCAGUAG